AUGGAGCUGGAGACUAUUCAAUUUUAUCGUACGAUAUUCGAUGACCAAGUCAAGGACGAUGAAUACUAUCACAGCUUCUAUAGUGUAACGGUAUCAGUGAAUGGUUUAAAAUCUAUCAUUAAAUCUAAUUUGCAAGAUCAAUUGCAAAAUGGAAAAUCUGACAUUGUUAAAGGUAAUUCGAUUCAGAUCGUUGAUGACACCCUGAACCCAAGUAUUGACGGAACUAAUGGUAUCAAUGGUAAUGAUAGCGAUCAUGGGAAACUAGAAAAGAUUGAAAUCAUCAAGAAGUUGAUCAAAGAAGGUAUCAAAUUAUAUGGAGAAGCUAUUGAGAUACCCCAAAUUAAAGAUUCACCCUCCACAAUCUCCGAAGAUUUGGAGGAAGAAGACAUUACAAAUAUCGGGAAAAGAAAAGACAGUGUUAAAAGUGUCAAUAGUAUAAAUUUCAAUCAAAUAGAUGAGAAUUUAAGGUUAGAAUAUAUUGUUAAUGUUUUGAAGAUAUUAAGAAUAUUGAUAUUACUGAUAGAUAACAUUCAAAUUGAUGAGUUCUUAUCAUUCAACCAAUGGUUUUUGAUCAAAUUGUUACCUAAUUUUGACAUGCCUCAAAUCCACCAAUCAAUAAUUGUUAUCGUUAAAGAGAUCAUAUAUUUCGUGUAUGAUGUUGUGAUGAAGAAUAAGAAUACCGAUUUGAAGUUUUUGAAGAAAUACGAGUUUAGUGAGUUAUUCAAUGAUGUUUUGGUCAAAACCAAUGCUAAGCUUCAUGAAGAUGUAAUGGAAUUACCUGUUGUAAAGCUUUCAGUAGAGUCCAAAAUCAAAUUAUUCAUGGUAAUUGGAAUUUUAGGUGAUAAGUUGAAAAUUUCCAAUGUUAAUCAAUUAUUCCUUCAAUUUGAAAGCAUGUUACUCUAUAAUUUGAAAUUGAGUUUUGAGUAUUCUUCAGACUUAGUCCAUUACCAAAUCAUGAAUGGUUCAUUCUUCCAUUGGAUGACAGGAAACAUCCUUAAUUUCCAGGAUCAAUAUAUCAAUGAUAAGUUCAUUAACCGUAUUGAUGUUAAGCAGCCUAAAUAUGUCAAUAAUGAGGAACUAUGUUUGGUUCUCGAUAACAGAUUGAAAGAAUGUAAGUUGAAAAACUUAGAGAAUUUCGAAAUCAGAGAAUUAUUACCCAUUAGUCUUUAUGUCAAUGCUUUUUUGGAUAAUGAAGAUUUCUUGAAAACCUUUAUCGUAAAUGACAACUUUUUCAAUUGGUUAUGCUUAUUAUCAUAUAGUUUCCAAUACCAAUACAAGAUCAAAUCAUCAAUCUUGAUGACGAGAUUGUCAAUAUUGAUGAUUAACAAAUUAAUGACAUCAGAAGACAUUUGCAACAUAAGAAUAGAUGAAUGUAAAUGGAAACUUUGUCAUCAAAAAAAUCCAAUAGUAAGUUUAAGUGAAAACCCCAAUAAAUUGGUUUCUUCAUAUAUUUUGGAUAUGUUUUCUAUUUUGUUAAGAUUUAAUUUGAACAAAAAGUUGAACACUAUCAACUUCAUCAAUAGUAUCAAGUUGGUUCAUAUAAUUAUUAGUAAACAAGUGGAUGAAGAAUUUGAAUACAUUGAACUAUUCAAGAUCAUUAUCAAUUUACUCAACUUCAAUGAACAAUUUUUGCAUAACGACGACUUGACAUUUGAAAUAUUGCAGUUGAGCAACAACUUACUCACAUUGAACAUAAGAUUCGAGCUUAUUUAUGAGAUCCUUUUGAACUUCAACAAAUUCUAUCAAAUCAAAGAAGUUGAGAACUUCCCUAACUUGAUGAUCUUGAAAGUAUUCUUAUCAGAGAAAUUCGAUCUUGAAGGUUCUAAUGAUGAGAAUAAAAUACGGCCUGCAGAUUUAGAUUAUGAUUCUGUAGAGUUCAUUGAUACGAUUGAAUUAUUCGAUGGAGAUUUGACAUUAUUAGACAUCCCUAAAGUACAAUUAGAUAUUAAAGAUAUAGUGAAAAACAUUUAA